AUGUUUAGAAUCAUCUUAAGAUAAUUUUAAAGAGUUUUAGAAUAUAAAAAAAUAUUGAAAAAGAUGGAUCAACAUGUAAAUGUUAAAUGGGUACUGCAUACUAAGAUGAACUUAAAAUAUGCGCUCCUUGUCAUAAAACUAGUUUAACUUGCUUUCGAAUCACAAUUGAUGGCUGUUUAAAUUGUGAUUCUAAUUUACAUCAAGUUCUCAGAGGGUUAAAAUAUGAGUGUUAAUCUGGCUAUUAUGAAUUAGAUAAUAUUUGUUAAAGUAUGUUUAUAUCUUUAAUUUAAGAUUGUCCCAUUAUUGAAGAUAGUGAUUGAUCUAACUAAAUGCUAUAAUUUAUAUAAUGGCAAUUAAUUAUUGUGGCAUACUGAUGUUUGUAGUAAUUGUGAUAUAGGAUAUGAAUUAAUCUUAAAUCGUUGUCAAUUCUAAUGUGAAGACUUUAGAUUAUCAAAUCUAUUUGAAGAAUAUGAAGAUGGUAAUUACAAUUUAGAUGAUUUAUGUUAUAAUUGCAAAUUUUAAUGUCCUAAACAUUGUUUAACCUGUAAUUCUACAACUACUCUUCCAUAUCCAGAUAUUUGGGAUGAUGGAAUAAUUACAGGUGAUGAAGAAUAUGAAGAUGGCAAUAAUAUACAAUAUGAUGGAUAUUACUAAUGUAAAUAUUAAUGCUAAAAUUAAAAGUAUUAUGAGAAAUUGUUUAGAAUGUUUCACACUUGGAUGGGUGGUUGAUACAUCAAUCAAAUUAUGGACAUUCAAAGAAUAAUGUUGAGAUAGUUUAAUAGUUGGAAAUGAACAAUGUAAUGAAUUAAAUACUUCAGACUUAGAUGGCUGCAAAGAUUGUAGAUAUUUCUUGUCUAAUUGGUUGCUCAUCCUGUGAUUAUUCUAUCAAUAAAUGUUAAAGUUGUGAAUAAACAGGAUAUGCUCCUGAAAAAUAUUAUUGUAGAAAUAUUUGUGGAAAUGGAUUAAUAGUAAAUGGUUUUUAUAGAAUAUUGUCAUGAUGGCAAUAAUAAUAGAAGUUCUAAAUGUAAUAGUGAUUCUUCAGCUUGUGCUUUCGGAUAUUAUUAAUAAUCAAAUUAAAAUGUGAGUGGAGAUAAAAUUAUGUAAUUGAUGAAAUAUGUGAAUCAGGAAAUAUCUUACCUAAAAGAGGAUGCCAGAAUUGUUUAGCAAGAUGUUAGGAGUCUUGCAAAACUGUGA